CUGUGCGCGGGGGGCGGCCCGGCGUGCGUGCGUCACCGAGAGCGCAAAAGCGCCAGGCCAGCUGGAGAGGAAAGGGGGGCCCCCAGUCCCAGGCCCCGCCUCCCCCCCGCUCCUCCCUCUCCCCGGGGUCUGGGCGCCGAACCGAUCUGCUGAGGCUUCACUCUGGUUCUGCGGCUCCGAGCCCGGCGCAGCAGAGCCCCGCUGGUGAUGGCGACGGCGGCGAGAGAGGAGGAGGCGGAGGAGGCAGCAGCAGCGCGAGCACUCCGCUUCUAUCAGCAGCUGCCGAAGGCGGAACUCCAUGCCCAUUUGAAUGGCUCCAUCAGUUCUGAUACAAUGAAGAAGUUAAUGGCCCAGAAGCCAAACCUUCAGAUUAAUAAUGGGAUGACCACGAUUGACAAGGGGAAAAAGAGGAGCCUGGAAGAAUGUUUUCAGAUGUUUAAGAUUAUCCAUCAGAUCACCACUAGGACUGAAGACAUAUUACUGGUAACCAAGGAUGUAAUUCAGGAAUUUGCUGCUGAUGGAGUCAAGUACCUGGAGCUGAGAAGCACCCCCAGAGAGGAGCCGACCACUGGUGGUAUGACCAAAAGAACCUAUGUGGAAGCCGUUCUUGAGGGUAUAAGACAAUGUAAAGAAGAGGAACUGGAUAUAGAUGUUAGAUUUCUAAUCUCCGUGGAUAGAAGAGGUGGCCCUGUUGUUGCCAAGGAAACAGUUAAACUGGCCGAGGAGUUGCUUCUUUCCACUGAUGGCGUGGUUGUAGGCCUUGACCUCAGCGGAAAUCCUACUGCAGGACACGGCAGGGACUUCCUGGAACCCCUCUUAGAAGCUAAGAAAGCGGGUCUGAGGCUGGCCUUGCAUCUUUCAGAGAUCCCAAAUCAGGAAGAGGAAUCGAAGCUUCUCCUGGGCCUUCCACCAGACAGAAUUGGACAUGGUACAUUUCUUCAUUCUUCUUCAACAGCGUCCACAUCACAGGAGCUUGUGGAGCUUGUAAGACAAAAUCGCAUACCUCUAGAACUCUGCUUGACGUCCAACCUCAAAGGUCAGACGGUGCCUUCUAGUGACCAACACCAUUUUGGAUUCUGGUACAACAUGGGCCAUCCCAUCGUGCUUUGUACCGACGAUAAAGGUGUGUUUGCAACUGACCUUUCUCAGGAGUACCAGCUGGCUGCUGAUACAUUCCAGCUGUCUAGAACCCAGAUGUGGGAGCUCUCCUGCGAUGCCAUCAACCACAUCUGUGCCUCCAGCCACACUAAAGCAAAGCUCAGGGAACGGUGGCAUAAACUCAAACCAUCUCUGCUUCAGUAGCUAAACCGGAAUCCCAAAGGUUGGUGCGGACGCCCUACGUGGUCCAUGCAGAAGGUAUUUUCCGAGUCAGUUUGAACCUUCAGGAGGCUCAACUGCUGGACAGAACUGUGUGCUACAGCCUGCACAUGAGACAUCACAUCUUUGGAACAUCCCUGCUGAAAAACUGACUCUCUGCAUGCAGAAAUCUAGUAUGUCCAGAGAAAGGCAGAGUAAGCUGUCUUUCUGUGCUGGGAAAUUGUUGCUUUUCAAAUAAAGGGAAAUGCUCAGAGAAGCAGCCUGAAAUGAUACAGUCCAGGAACUCCUCCUCCAUCUGUUGAAUGCAUAAACCAGCCCUACCUUGCUCCACCUGGCAAGUUGUUUUGCACUCAGUAGAAUUCUGCAUCCAGCUUGUGAAGCACCCUCUCAGUGGCAGGGAGGCAGAUGCUCUUAGUAGCCCCGACGAAACCGUAAUGGUUGAACUGCUCUUCAAUCAACAGUUGGGGGUUGUGUGCGCGUGUGCACCACCCACCACCAUUUCAGUGACUGUAAGGCAGUCAACCCUACCCCCCCCCCCCCCGCUGCUGUUUUUGUUUUGCAUAAGGAGAAGCUACAGUUGACUUCACCCAUGGAGGGGUACUUGGAUGGAGCUGGCAGUUUAAUAAAGCACAGAGCUUGGGGGUUA